UGAUGUUUACUCUGCAAACUGAAUCCCGGUCUGGCUUCGUCUAUCGUACCAGCUCCUAUCUGACGGUUCCGACCCGAGUGGCCGAUUUCUUCCAGUCCUUCUCUCCUCAACUGAGAUCGCACUCCGUGUCGUCACCACUGCUCCACCACCUUGGCCGCCAGAUACGUCUACGGACAGCUCUCGUCCUGUUCAAUCAAAUCGGUUGUUAACUGCCGGCCAUGGACAGCCUGCCCAACGAGCUGCUGCUGGAGGUGUUCUCGUGGCUCCAGGACGGCGAGACGCUGCUUGACGGCGUGGCACUGGUGUGCAAGCGCUGGCACGCCCUGUCACGUGACCCGCAGGCCUGGCGCGGCGUGCGCGUCGAGUUCGGCAUGCUGGACUGGCACUGGCGAGACGCCGGGCUCGCCGAGAGCGAAAAGGCCGCCAUGGACAAGGCGCGCAUCGUGCUGCACGCCCCCGUCUUGCGCUACCUCGGCUGGUCUUGGAACUACCGCGGGCCGCCGCACAUCAACGUACCGCAAGGCAUGGCCCUGUCGGCUGUGCGUCGCAGCCGUGCGGCCAUACGCGAGAUCUACAUGAGCCUCGUGUCCCACAUGGCUAACCCGGCCUGGGCUGUGUUCCACGGCCUGCUCUGGCGCAAUAGGGAGCACCUGACCAGCCUCAGACUGGAGACGCCUUCCGACAGGAAAGAGGAGGUUCACAUAUUUCGUUCAGAAGCAGUGGCUUCAGAGGAGUGUGACUGGGCGCUGGAGGAAGACCAGAGCGACAAGGUGGCCGCCUGGGCCGAGGCAGACGGCGACGACUCUCGCUCCCUGCUGGAAAUACUGGUGGAGCUGCGAUGCCUGCAAUCGCUGGACCUGUUAAUGCACCGUCCGUCCUACGCCGGGGAGUUCCGAGUCAAGGAGGACCUACUGCCCGCGCUCAGGUCCCUGCGCUUAGAUGGUAAGGCGCCCCCCCAGCUGAUGGUGGACUUGGUUCGUGGCAGUGCCGCCAGGCUGCGCCACCUCGACAUGCCCGACGGGCACGGCCUUGGCGGGCACGAUAUCCUGCCGCCCCAGCUGCUGGAGAGCGUGUCGCAGUGUGUCCAGCUCCGCAGCCUGGCCACUAGCCUCAUGAACGUGGGCUGCGUGGUCGGCUUGCGGCACCUGCGCAGACUGGAGCUGUGGCUGCCGUACGAGGAGCUAUGA